AUGAUAAAGAAUUCUAUAUGCAUAUACCACUUCCUUGUUUUUAGCUGGUAUGUUUUACUCAAUUAUUUUAUCUCGAAACAAGAAGGGGCUCCACAGAAAUCUCAUAUUUUUCAGAAUGGCGGGCAGUGGAAGUACUUGACCUUCCUUAAUCUGUACUUGCAGGCCAUUUUCUAUGGGGUCGCCUGCCUGGAAGAUGUGCUGAAAAGAAUGAAAGGGAAAAACGACAUGAAGUUCAUAACUGCCUUGAGAGAUCAGCUUUUUACCACAUUGGUUUUCCCAAUCUCCACAUUUAUAUUUUUGACAUUCUGGAUCUUCUUUCUAUAUGAUCAAGAACUUGUUUUCCCAAAGGCCUUAGAUGACUUAAUUCCAACAUGGUUGAAUCAUGCAAUGCAUACUUUUAUAUUACCCUUGUCCUUAGUUGAAAUUAUGCAGAGGCCACAUUCCUAUUCUCCAAAGAAAAAAGGACUCAGUUUGUUGACCAUUGCUUGUCUUUUUUAUAUCUGCAGGCACCCUGUGUUUUACAAACUCAGUCCAGUGGUUAUUGCAGCCUUCUUUCUUCUCAACUACAUCUUUAGCAUUGGCAUCUAUCUAUUUGGAGAGAAACUCAACUUCUGA